UGUGCAAUGCUGCUGCUGCACGAUAAAACGUGGUCGGUACCGGGAUGAUGGACCAUCGAUCCGAGGGGAACUGGGAAGAACCGGGAAACCAUGGCAACGGGAUUUUGGGGUUGAGUGACGCAGGCGGUCGAUAAGGGUGGGUUCAGGCAGCGCGAGGACCAGACAUCCGCGGAUCGAUUGUCACAGGUCUGCUGCUUCCUCGUGAAUCAUGUCUUCCUCCUCGUCCUCCUCCUCUUCCACGGAGCUGCCCUACUUCUGUCCUCGUUGCGGUGAUGGGUUUCGGUUCUCAUCUGUAGCUGAGCUCCGGGCGCACCUGGUCAGCCGACACACCUAUGAGACCCUGCUGGUGCUCUCCCAGGCUCGGGUCAGAAGCUCCAGAACCAGUUCUCUCCUCCCACUCCCUAGCCCAGCUGUAUCCCAAAGUCAGAGCACUUCUCUGGACAUGGAACAUGAAAGCCUGCCCCUGCCACUGGCCUGCUUGGAUCUCGCCUCAUCAUCUGCCUCCGUCCAACUGCUCAGGGAGAUGUUCGGUGCUUCAGAUUGCCCUCUGCCUUCCUCUACGGUACAUUCAGAAGGCCCCUCCACUGCUCUGGCCCUUCCUGGAUCUGUGGAUCUUUUUGCUGGGAAGAACCUUGGAGAGGUGAGGGUCCAGCUAGGCUUGGUGGAGAUUGGGCUGGAAGAGCGACUGGGGCUCGGGCUGGAUCAUAAAAUCGCCCGGACUUUCGCGGAGGUUGAGGAGAGGGUGAACCGACGCAUGGCCCGACUGAAAGUGGAGCUACAGAGGAGAGAGAUGGAGCUACAGCGGGCGAGGCGAGACAAGGAACGACUCAGGAGUGAGAAACAGGAAGUGGAAGAGAAAGCAGCCUACCUGUCCCGACAGGUCUCAGCUGCCAUGGAGAUGAUGGAGAAAUUAAAGAAAGAUCUUACAGGGAAAGAGAAGGAGCUGAGCAAACGACAACAGGAGAUGGUGGACAUUGAGCAUUUUUUGAGGGAGACGGCAGACAAAGAGGCCGAAGCCAAAUCCAGGCUGCAGAUGUUCAUUGAGACCCUGCUGGAGCGAGCAGAUUGCGCAGAGAGACGGCUCCUGAUGCUUGGCUCGCACGAACAUCACAACCUCUUCCCAGACAGUGACGGGUACGCAUACACCGAGCCCUAUUUGCUCACUGAGGUUUACGAACCUACACGGAGCCAAGGGGGACGCAGUCUGGAUGGCAGCACUGAUGACAUCAUUGCAAAUAAGAUGCAGGAAACCAUUGGAAACAGGGCACCCUGCUGUUUGGACACGCCUCCAGCUGGAGAAUGCCAGAGUGUCUACAGAGGUAUCGAAGUCCUCAUCAUCUUCAGAUAG